CCGGAAGUUCAGGCAGGGUUCACUCAAAGCCAUCGAUGACAUUAUCAGGGCACUAUGAUGGCAGCAUUCAAAGCAUUUGAAUAGGUCAAAGAGGGAAGAAGGAGGUUAGACUGACAGGGCAAUAUGGCCGGAGCAACUGGAGCUGAAGAAAGAGUCAUAACUCCUCAAGCAACAAGUCUUCAGGGAGAUGAGGAUGAAGAAGAAUCUUCUGGUGUCUAUCUUAGUGUUCUCUCACAGAAAGAACAAGUAGGGCUGAGUUUUUAUGACAGCAGAGACUACGUUCUGCACUACAUGCCUGAUGCUGCUGAUAACAACCUGCAGAUAUUGAGUAAAGUGAUUCAAGAAGUCAGUCCCAAGGUAAUCAUCACAAGUGCCAAACAAGAAUAUAGUAUGGCUCAGUUCAUCAAAAAUCUAGGAUGUAAUCCCGAUUAUAAACCUGAGGUGGUGGUUUACCUGAAUUCUGACUUUGGAACUGAAGUAGGAAAGCAGAGGCUACUGGCAGCAAAUGUAGCAUUCCUUUCCCCUGCUAUCACAGAGAAGGAGAAAAUCUCCUUUCUCUCCUCCUGUCUCAGCUUUGACUCUGUCCUUAUGAUGCGGACAGUAGGUGGUCUCUUGAAGUGUCUGGACAGACGUAGAGUGGGAGUUGAGCUUGAAGAUAGCAGUGUGGGUGUGCCCAUUCUGCAGUUCCGCAUGUACACACUAAAUGACAUGGUCUACAUGGAUAGAGAUACAUAUAGUGUUCUUCAGAUCUUCAAAUCAGAGUUACAUCCAUCCGUGUAUAAACUCCAGUCCGGUGAGAAAGAAGGACUCAGUCUCUUUGGAAUUCUGAAUCGCUGCAAAUCUAAGUUUGGUUCAAAAUUGCUACGAAAAUGGUUCUUGCAGCCCACACGCAAUAUUGCUGUUUUACAUCGAAGACAAGAGGUUGUGCAGUUCUUCACAUCUCCACGUAACUCAGACACUUUCAAGAUUCUGCAGGGCUGUCUGCGCAACAUUCGGAGCAUUCCAACACUACUGCAUAGAAUGGCUCUUUCACAUACAAAAGUUAAUGACUGGCAGUCACUCUACAAGACGGUGUACAGUGCUGUUUGCAUCAGAGACACUGUACGCUCAUUACCUCAGUCCAUCAAACUGUUUCAGGAGAUUAGUGCUGACUUCACAGAUGAUCUCUUCUACAUUGCCUCACUCAUCAGCAAAGUGGUCGACUUUGAGAGCAGCGUGGCUGAGAACCGCUUUACGAUCAAGCCAAAUGUCGACCCCGCUGUUGAUGAAAAGAAGAGAAGGAUGAUGGGACUGCCAGAUUUUCUGACAGAAGUUGCCCGCACUGAGCUGGAACACCUGGAUUCACAUAUUCCCUCCUGUUGUGUUAUCUACAUCCCUUUGAUUGGGUUCUUACUCUCCAUCCCCCGACUGCCCAGCAUGGUGCAGAAAGAGGACUUUGAGAUUGAUGGGCUUGACUUUAUGUUCCUGUCAGGAGAGCGUUUACAUUAUCGUAGUGAAAAAACCAAAGGUCUUGAUGAUCUGCUGGGGGACUUGCACUGUGAUAUCAGAGAUCUAGAAACAUCAGUGAUGACUCAACUCCAGAAUGUGGUGCUGCAGCGCAGUAGCUGCCUUUUUAAGGUGCUGUCUCUGUGUGCUGAGUUGGAUUGCCUGAUAGCUAUGGCCCUGGCUUCUCAGGAGUACAGUUAUAGCUGCCCCACAGUUAUGCCGCACAGCUCUAUCAAACUCAGCCAGUCCAGACACCCUUUGUUGGAAUUGUGCUGCCCAGUGUUUGUGUCUAAUCCGCUAGUGAGCUCUGACACUGAGGGAAAGGUGAAAGUACUGACUGGGCCCAAUUCAUCUGGCAAGAGUAUCUACCUCAAACAGGUGGGCCUCAUUGUAUUCAUGGCUCUGAUUGGAUCAGAUGUGCCAGCUAAAGAGGCAGAGAUUGGUCUGGUGGAUGGCAUUUUCACACGAAUGCAAAGCCGUGAAUCUGUAUCUGUAGGCCUCAGCACUUUCAUGAUUGAUCUCAAUCAGAUGGCAUACGCCUUGAAAGGAAGUACAGGAAACUCUCUGGUCCUCAUUGAUGAAUUUGGCAAAGGGACGAAUACGGUGGAUGGCUUGUCUUUGCUUGCAGCAUGUAUUAGUCACUGGCUCGAUAGAUCAGCAGAUCAGUGCCCACAUGUGCUCCUAGCCACCAACUUUCACAGCCUGCUGCAGCUUGACCUGCUGCCGCCCUCCUCUCUGCUCUCCCUACUGACUUUUGAGACUGCCAUCGAUGGAGAGGACUUGGUAUUUCUCUACCAGUUGAAAGAGGGAAUCUGCCAGUCCAGCUAUGCAGCGAACAUUGCAAAGCUUGCUGGUGUUCCUACAGAGCUUGUGCACAGAGGCAUUGAGGUAUCAGAGCUCUAUAGAACAGGGAAGACCAUCAAACGCAUUGACCGGCCUACCAAUGACCAGCACAAUAUCAAAUGUAACAGCAUGGUGGAAAAGUUCCUCAGCCUGGACCUGGAAGAUCCUUCGCUUGACUUACAGCUCUACAUGAAGGAAGUGGUGUUACCCUUCUCUGAAUAUGAAGGCUGAUAUUUAUACUCGUAAUGCAAUUUAAAUUCUUCAAUUCUUUCAAUGUUCACAUGCAGUGCACGUUUUUUUCCCUCUAAAUUGUCCUAUGAAUAUUCACACAGUAGCAUUGCAAGUUGAUUAUUUCUUAUCAUUCAUCUAAAAUAUGUAGCUUUUUUGUUGUCAUCCCAAGGCUGCAGGUAAUUUACUGUAAUUUGGUUAAAGAAAUGAAAAUAAAAUAAUACUUGAUGAUGGUGUUUUUCACAUCUAACUUACUUACUGUACAUCUUCCUUACAGUAUAACUUUGGGAGGCUAGACUUAAUUUUCCUUUUCCUUGUAUACAGUGUUUGCUCCUGAAUCUGUGAUGUUUGUGUAACAUAAUGUCAUAAUUGCCAAAUUGAAUUAAACAAAAUGUGGUUUUUUUUUA